UAUACUCUAACCUAUUUAAUACAACGUUAAAACAUUUACGCCUGGGAUUUAAUGUUCUACCAACAUUGCUCUCGCAAUAACAAGGGUGAUUACUUGCGACUUUUUAUUCAGAUGUGGUGAAACUGCGUAUUAUUUUGGAUUUAAAAUUGUACGGUGAUUUAUUAAAUCGAAGAUGUGGAACGGAAUCAAAACAAUGCUGUUUUCUACUUGUAGUGAUUUAAAACACAUUUUGUUCUGUUCAUUUAGUAUCUGGAUAUAAAUAAACAAAGAAAGGAGAUUAAAAUAUAUAUAUAUAAAAAACUACCUGGAAUAAAAUGGCGUUUUUCUGCCCAAGUGGCCUUGGUAGAGCUAAGCAUCGAAAAGGUUACAAUAGCAUGAUUGGACGAUAUGAAACCAGUGAUGUCAUCGACGAUAUGACGUUGGGAGAUCUCGUCAAGUUGAGUUACGAAACUCCGGCGUCGCGACGGAUCGUCCUACAUUCAUUUAGCGCAUGCGCACCCCAGGAAGUCAGCGUUAAACAGGGUCAAAAGGUGAACUUCAUUUUUCGGGAAGGCGAGUGGGCGUAUGUAGCCACGGACGAUAAGAAAGAGGGAUUCGUGCCCUUUCAUUGUUGCGCUAAACUUGGAGCCCAAAAUCAGCCAUGUGAUCGCAAGGAGCCCAAUUUGUCGCACGAGAUUAAAAAUGACUCUUUAAAACAUUUGGUGUUAAAUAAUAGAUUUAACGGAAUUAAUGGUUCAGCUAAACGUGUAUUUUCUGUUGAGAGUGACGAAACGAGGUCAAGCACGACCAGUGACGUCGCUGAUGACGUCGACAAUGAAGUUUAUGCGUCUACGGAGUGUUCUUACGAUUCCGAGGCUGAUGACACUUCUGACGUCACAGUGCAAGAACGUUUGAUGUCCAAAGUAACGUCACAAAGUGGACACCCAUUAAGGGACCUCAGAUCGACGUCAAAAGCGGACAAACAGCCGUCACUCUUACACCAGACGUCAAGGUCAACAUCAAGAAACAGAAGCGCGCGGUGUAAUGAUACGGAAAAGGGAAUUUACAAAGUCUUGUUUGAUUAUAGAGGUGGCGACGAGUAUGACGUCAAAGUGGAAGCAGACGACAUCAUUCUUCUUCUCGACUCACGUGACCCGGACUGGUCGUGGGUGCAAAAACCAGACGGAAGUCAGGGAUACGUACCCGCUAACUACAUCCAGAAAUUCGAUUUCGAUGAAACGCGCGUCAGAAGAGCAAAUAAGGAACACGAAAGAACAAAACCUAACAAUGGUGUUUCACAUUUACCUGAUGACAAGAUACACUUAGGAGCGGAGAUGGAUGAAGUAAACGAAUCGAGCAUAGACAAUUUAAAGUGCAUCCCUCCAUCCCAUCCAGACACUGUUAAGGGCAUGACGACUGCAAGAAACGAAAAUAGCAUAACUAAAGCAAUCCAUAUGAACAUAUAUGUACCGGAUACUGGGCAAGUAGACCGAACACGUGGAACAGGUUUAUUAACAAAUGCUGAUGUAAAGCAGAAACCAAAGAAACCUCCGAGAAAAAAGAAGCACGAUCCGAAUUUAACGCCUCGUUCGGAAAUAUCUGUGGACUCUAUUGACACUUCAAUGGAUUCUCUUGCAGAUCUUGAUGAUUUGGAGGUGUCAAGUCGCGUACACACGCCGACUGAAAUGUCGUCUGCAUGCAGUACUCCAAGACAUAAUAAACACCAUUCCAGCAGACGGCAGGGGCUAGGUGAACAAGAUACACAAGAACAUAUAGCAGAUGAACAGGUACGCCAACACAGAUAUGAACAUAUAGCAAAUGAACAGGUACGCCAACACAGACAUGAACAUAUAGCAAAUAAACAGGUACGCCAACACAGACAUGAACAUAUAGCAAAUGAACAGGUACGCCAACACAGACAUGAACAUAUAGCAAAUGAACAGGUGCGCCAACACAGACAUGAACAUAUAGCAAAGGAACAGGUGCGCCAACACAGACAUGAACAUAUACAUAUAACAGAUGAACGGAUGCACCAGCAUAGACAUGAACAUAAAGAAGGUGAUCGUAUGCACAAACAUACACAUGAACAUAAAGAAGGUGAUCGUAUGCGCCAACACACACACGCAAGUAGAAAAAAUGAAAAUGAUCAUGAAGGAAAUCAUGUGAAUGCCAACGCUGAUUUAAGAAACAGACGCAAUCAUAAACAUUCCACCAUUUCUAGGGGACAAAGCGUUGAUUCUAGCUCUAGUCAAAGAAGACCAGUAUCUAUGCCAAUUUUCAGAUCGUAUGAGGAAUAUCAAAAAGAUUACUAUGACCAGUACUUUUAUGAUGAAAAAGAUAAUAGAUUUGGUAGAAAAACUUCAAGCAAUGUUGUCAAUGUAGCAGAAAUAAUGAAAAUCAGGUCUGAGAAAGAACAGGAACGGGCGAAGACAUUUGCGAGCAACAAGACUACAAACCCGAAAGAAAUCAAAAAGGUUCCAAAUGUGAAAGACUUUCUGUUAAACAUUCCAUCUACUCGGUUAGAGCUAAAAACGCCAAAAAGCCAUGGACAUCAGAAUGAGGUAGUUAAAGCUAUUGACAAGGAUCAUUUACACAACAAUCAUGACACUAGAAAUACAUCAAGAGUGACAAAUGAUUCCAAAAUCGAAAUUGCUAAAGCAACAAAUGGUCUCUUUAAUCAAACAAACAGUUCUGUGAACAAUAGGGACAUGCAUUAUAACUCAACAAAUGAUGUAAGAACGAAUUCAGCAUUUGGAGAAUUUGAAUUAAGACCACGAAGUAACAGUCAAAGUUGUGCACAACAUGAAGGCGCUAGUGCAGAUGGCGCAGCCGCCAGACAGGACUGGUCGUUUGGAUAUCCAAGAAAAUCUAAGCAUAAAUCUGACAGUGCAGAGGUAUAUGUGCAAGAGAAACAAUGUAACAAGAAUUCAUCGACUCAUGAAAAAAUAGAAGAUACAAUAAAUCUCACAAAAGAUGAUAUAGAAAUAAAUCCAUCUCCUUUUGAAAACGCACAAGGAAUAACUGACGUUCUAAGAUAUCUAGACGAAGUGUGUGACAUAGAUAAUGAUGAUGACGAAGAAGAUGAUGACAUUUUCUUUGAUGAGGAUGAAGAGAUGGAACGUCUUUUGAAACAAUCGGGUUACCUUUUAGACAAAACUGAUGACCUUUUAAACACAAAUAAUGAUGUUGUAAAAGUGUCCGCUAUUGAAUUGGAUGGUGAAUGUGAUGAUAGUCUCAUUAGCUUAGAUGCAAAUGAUAAAUGCAGCCGUUUUUUAAAUAACCAAAGCAUUGGAAUUUAUGGAAUUGAAACCAAGAACACAAAUGAUGUAGAAAGAUCGAUAUCACCUAUUGUAAAUGGAACAGAAACUGAACAUGAGUAUAGAAACCGCGUUAAACCAGAUGAGAAUACUAAGUUUGAUCACUAUAAGGAGGAAAAAUCGAAGUGCAAGCCUCCUGUGUCAGAUAUACGCGGAAUAACAGAAUUUAUAUCUCAGUGUGAUUAUAAGGCGGAAGCGGAGGACGAGUUACCUUUCCGCCAGGGGGAGAUACUUCACGUGGGAUUGGAGGGGCAGGAAAGUGAACACUGGUACUGGACAUACAGCCCGAGGUUACGGAAAUACGGGUUCGUGCCGCGAGCGCAUGUGAAAAUACCACUGGUCACCAUCAUUUGAUUUUGUUUAAAAUUACAUAAAAACGACUUGUGUUUCAAGAAAAUGAUUUGCGCAUAUGAAAAAUAGUCACCAUUAUUUAAUUUAUUGCGCUAUGCACUCGUGAAAAUAUCACUGGGUUGCCAUCAUUUUUUUUGUAUUCCACGAGAAUAACUUGUUUCUCAUGUUUAUGUUUUACACUUACUUUUCUUCGUAAGGGAAUGCUUGCGAUACAAUAAAGAGAGAAAGGUUAUUAAAUAGUGUUUGUUAACACCAAUAAAAAUGCUAGUAGUUUGAAUAA